GAUAGGCUCGUGCGUAGCAGCGUCUCGUCGUUUAAAACUGUUUGGAAUAGGGCAAUACGAUUGGCCACAUGUUUUAUCCAUCAUACGAUUAUCUGUUACAGGGUAGGUUGGUGUUUUAGCAGGAUUGAUGGGAAGAAACUGCAGUUAAAAUCGUAAAAGAGGAGACCGCUACUAUCACGUAUCACUUUGCACGAAAUUGUCAUCAGACAUUCUGUGGGUGCGUGCCCGAGAUAUCCUGUUAACAGUGCAUCGUUUUAAACAUGUUAUAGAUUAGGAUUUUUUUUAAACAUUCUUUGCUUUAUCUCUUUUGUUGGGGGGAAAAAAUACAGCAACAUUCUUUCAACUUUUUUUUUUUGCUAAUAAUUAUUUAUUCGCACUGAUCAUAGUGCUGUUGGGGGCUGAAGAUGGGAUUGCCUGCUUUGGAGUUCAGUGACUGUUACCUGGACAGCCCACAGUUCAGGGAAAGGUUGAAAUCCCACGAACUGGAAUUGGAUAAGACUAACAAGUUUAUCAAGGAGCUGAUCAAAGAUGGGAAGGCACUCGUCCAAUCACUGAACAAUAUGUCAUCAGCGAAGAGAAAGUUCGCUGAAUCUCUAAAUGAAUUCAAGUUUCAGUGUAUAGGAGAUGCAGAGACUGAUGAUGAAAUAUGUAUUGCGAGGUCGCUGCAGGAGUUUGCAGGGGUGUUAAAGAAUCUGGAAGACGAGAGGACACGGAUGAUUGAGAAUGCCAGUGAUGUGUUGAUCACACCUCUAGAGCGGUUCCGCAAGGAGCAGAUUGGAGCGGCGAAGGAAGCAAGAAAAAAGUAUGACAAGGAAACAGAAAAAUACUGCAGCGUCUUGGAGAAGCACCUAAACCUGUCUUCCAAGAAAAAAGAAUCGCACCUCCUUGAGGCAGACACUCAGGUGGAUCACGUCCGUCAGCAUUUCUACGAAGUGUCUCUGGAGUACGUGUUCAAAGUGCAGGAGGUUCAGGAGAGGAAGAUGUUUGAGUUUGUUGAGCCUUUGCUGGCUUUCCUGCAAGGGCUCUUUACGUUUUAUCACCAUGGCUAUGAACUGGCAAAGGACUUUAGCCACUUCAAGACUGAGUUAACCAUCAGCAUCCAAAAUACCAGGAAUCGUUUUGAGGGGACGAGGUCGGAGGUGGAGUGCCUGAUGAAGAAGAUGAAGGAGAACCCAGAUGAACACAAGACCAUCAGCCCCCACACCAUGCAGGGCUACCUGUUUGUGCAGGAGAAGCGUUCCUUUGUGUCCACGUGGGUGAAGCAUUACUGCACUUACCAAAGAGAGCCCAAGCGGGUCACUAUAGUGCUGUUUGAUCAGAAAUCUGGAGGGAAAGUGGGAGAAGAAGAAACGUUCAUUUUGAAGUCCUGCACUCGCAGGAAGUCCGACUCCAUUGAGAAAAGGUUCUGCUUUGAUGUGGAGGCAGUGGAUCGGCCUGGAGUGAUCACCAUGCAGGCUCUCUCAGAAGAAGACCGGAGACUCUGGAUGGAAGCUAUGGAUGGUAGAGAGCCGGUUUACAACUUGAACAGAGACAAUCAGAGUGAAGGCACUGCUCAGUUGGAUAGCAUCGGCUUUAAUAUUAUAAAGAAAUUCAUCCAUGCUGUGGAGACAAGAGGAAUCAACGAGCAAGGACUGUACAGAAUAGCUGGUGUCAGCUCCAGAGUGCAGAAGCUGCUGGGCUUGCUGAUGGAUUCCAAAACAUCACCAGAAGUGGAUGUGGACAGCGCCGCGGAAUGGGAGAUUAAAACAGUGACCAGUGCGCUGAAGCACUAUCUAAGAAUGUUGCCUGGACCUCUCAUGACAUACCAGUUUCAAAGAAGCUUCAUCAAAGCAGCCAAACUGGACAAUCAAGAGGCCAGGAUCUCGGAGAUCCACAGCAUUAUUCAUAGACUCCCUGAGAAGAACAGACAGAUGUUGGACUUGCUUAUGAAGCACUUGGCAAAUGUGGCGAACAAUCACCAGGAGAACCUGAUGACAGUGGCCAACCUAGGGGUGGUGUUUGGACCAACCUUGCUGCGGCCCCAGGAGGAGACUGUGGCGGCCAUCAUGGACAUUAAGUUCCAGAACAUAGUCGUUGAGAUCCUGAUCGAGAACCACGAGAAGAUUUUUAACAGCGUGCCCGAGUCUGCAGCGGUGCAGCCGAAUUCACAGCUGAACUCCCGUCGGCGGAGCGCAGAAUGCAAGCCCCCCUCCUGCAGCGAGAGACCCCUCACCCUGUUCCACACCACCCCCACCAUCGACAAGCCGGAAAAGAGAAACAGAGUUUUGAACUCCAGUGCAGAGUCCAUCCUGACCAACAUCUCUGUGAACUCCAUCAGCACUCCUCAGCCCAACCUCAACAGCCUGAUCUGCAGUGAUUCUGACCUGGAGACAGUGGUGGCGAAACAGAGCAGGCCUAACUCUUUGAUUCUGUGGUCAAAUUACGCCACGCUCUCAGCAGCAUUCCUCAAGAGAUUGAAUCCCAAAAGCAGAUCAAGCAUUCCAACAAGCCCGGUGUCUCUCAGCCCCACCUCUCCACGAUCCCCCUCCUGGCCGAUGUUCUCUGCGCCAUCCAGCCCCGUGCCGGCCUCCUCCACCUCCAGCGACUCCUCCCCCGUCAGCCCAACACUCCGGAAGGCUCGAGCUCUCUAUGCCUGUAAAGCGGAACAUGGCUCUGAACUGUCUUUCACUGCCGGCACUAUAUUUGAUAACGUUCAUCCAUCUCGUGAACCAGGGUGGCUGGAAGGCAUGUUGGAAGGGAAGACGGGAUUAAUACCUGAAAACUACGUGGAGUUUUUAUAGACAGAGGCGGCGGGUGACCCCCCCCCCCCCCCCGGACCUUGCAUUGUUACCUGUUGUGAUGGAAAGAAGACUGGACGAGAGCUGAGCAUUGCCUCAGUGGCUCCGAAAGGCCUGCGGAAGCAGUGAGGGACCAGCCUGCAGUUGCUUCUGUGUGUGCAGCCAGUGUGUUGAUUUGCUUCUUUUCAUAGAUGCCGAUUCACUUUUUUUUUUUUUUUUUCAGCUUUUGAACCUUAUUGAAGAGUGCUGUCAUUCCUAUUGGUUGUACCUGCAGGGUGUCUUGACACCUUAUUGGCUGAGGAGUAUGUCACACUUGACUGUGACAGGUGGGCUUAGUUUUAGAUACAGAGUGGCCUGAUGGCUCAAUUUGUUGAUGCUUUCUGAUUGCCUCCUGUCAGUCAGGAACACAUCAUCGGCGUCUCUGAAUAACUGAAAUAGACACUUGUAAGAUAGGAACAAAACCCUACUGAAAUAUGAUGACCUGCUGAAAUAAGACAAUUUUAAAUAUUUGGCAUGGUCUUUUAAAAAGACUGAGCUUGUCUUAAAAUUUGAAGUAAAGGAGUCUGGUAUAGAAGGGUUAAAGUUGUUUUUUGUGUGUAUGUGUGUGUUUUUAUAUGCUGAGCUUUCACAGUCAUUUCCGUCGCUGGGUUUGUUCAUUUGUAAUUCUAAGAAUAUUCUCUUGAAGCUCUUAGUAUUAAAUGUAAUGUAGGCUACGGUUGGGAACAGUUUAGAGGAGGCCAUUUAAAGACACACACAGGAUACUGGAACCAUUUUAAAGUCAUAUUUUUUCCAUGUGAGAUUUUGUUUUAAAACCAGGAAAAUCAUUCUCUUUAGGGAAUCUGUUUUGUGGAAGUGGCUGACAAUGUGAAAUCGUACUCCUGAAGUAAUGUGGAAUCGCUCGCUUAUUUAUGAAGCUGUAAUUAUAAUUUUAAAUGAUGCAUUGGGGGGAAAUUGCUUUUUUGGGGAGGAUACAAUUUAGAUUGUAAAUAACUAAUGAUUCUUUUCCUAAGAAAUUUUUAUAUUUGAUAUUUGUAGCAUACUAACUUUAUUCUUUAGCAUUUUAGUUUUAUGUAAAUAGCUUCCUUUUUAAUUGUAAUUUUGUGUUUAAGUCCACUUAAAUGCUGCCUUAUUAAUAAUUCUGAUUGAGAUAAAGUGAUGGGUUUCAGACUGGAAGAUGAACAAACUUGGUGUAUAUUAGACUGGAGUCUAUACUGACCAAGGGAUAGAUCCUACAAAUGAACAGCACUAACAUUGUUUAACUGAAAUAUGAAAAAUGUGGCACACAAACCAUACAACAGUUUAUACGUACAUUUUAAAUCUUAAGACUCACUCAGGUAUUAUUUAACUUGGUGGACAUGUUUAAAAGGAUGAUUUUCAAGUCUUGGGUUUGUGAAUCAUUGAUCUUCUGACGUAUGAUUUGAAACAAUCGGUGACUGCUAAUCCUUGCAAAUGAAAUCUUGUUUUUAUAGUAUAAAGAAAAAAGACAAAGUUGUUUAAGAUUACUACGGUAUAUAAUAUUAAGAAGUGAAAUGCAGACAUUCCUUUAUGUCUACAAGUCUUAAGCACUCUUUGUUCCCCACGUGUUAACCCCACGUAUAAAUGCAGUGACAGGCAAGGGAAUAUAUAUAUGCGCCUCAUCUUUACAUUGAAAACUAAUGAGAUCACUCACUGGAAAGCGCAGCAGGCUUUAUCUAAAUCACGCUCCCCAUGACUAAGCAGUAGCUUUCAUUCUGUGCACUGAACCAAAUGAGAUACGUCAUCUUGUUUACCACAUGAACAAACUGCUGUUUAGAUGCAACAGUAAUUCAAUCCAUUUAUACAGCAUUACCUCCUUAAAUCAUCUUCAUGAUGGUAUCUGACUGCAGGCCUGUACAUGUCAAUCUACUGAUAUACUGGUACAUUGGUCAUGCAUUUUGGUUUUAAAUAAUCGCUUUGAUCUAUGAGUGGUAGAGGUUUCUGGUAUAUCGGGUCUGUAUUUCUAUUACAGUUUGUGCUUGCUUGUUCUGGCAUGUCUUCCAAUAGCCCUACAUGUGUUGUUGCUAAGGGAAAAAUUGAUUUCAACAAUACGUAGGUCCAAGACUGUCACCGGAGGUGGCAACUAAAGCUAGAGGCUCCUAUACAUUCUAAUCGGUACUGGCAAUAUUAGACCAGCUCACAAAAAAACACACACAAAAAAAGAGUGGUUUUAUUUACAUUUUUUUAGUACUAGUUAAUAUUUUAUAUCCAUUAUAUUUAGGAUACAAACUUCUGCCAGAAUGCUAUUACACAUAUUAAUGGAAUCUUAAAUUGUCAACUGCUACGUUUCAUGUUUUGUUCAAUGAAGGGAUUGUUCUGGUUAUCACUUGAGCUCCAAACUGAAGUUUUUUUAUCAUUUUGUGUUUCUGAUUUUAUUGUUUUUUAAGGGAUUUAUAAAGGCAUUGAUUCUUAAUGUAGUCUUUGUAAAUAGUGCAGAUAAUCGCGCCAUUUAAUGGAGAUUUUUUUUUGGGUGCCAUACAUUUAUUGCAUAGAAGAAUAAAAUAUUUUGAUCUGA